GUCUGAGGACUCCCCCCGCCCCUCCGCGCGUUCGGCGCACACAUCUCCACGCCAGGCGAGGGCGGUGUGACUCGGCCGGGGAUGGUGGGAGGAAGUCGGAGUCGGCUUGGCGGGGAGGGCGGGGGGCGCCGCGUUGUGGCCAGGCUCCGGGACUCCCCCCUUCCCCCUCGCGCUCCCCUGAAUGGAGCCGCCUGACUGAUGCGGGAGGAGGCGGCACGUUUGCAGCCUACAGAGACCCAGCGCCGCCGCCGCCGCCGCCGCCGCCCGGCCGCCUCUCUCUAGCUUUGCCUCGCCGAAGCCAGCCGCCUCCCACCGCUUCCGAGAAACUUUCCUCGGGCCCAGGGAGAAGACCCCCUCGCGGGCCCUCCGAGCUGCCGCCCUUCCUCGCCGGGAGGAGCUGGGGAAGCGAGGCGGCGGCGGCGGGAGCUCUCCGUGGUGCUGGAAUGUCCGCGCAGGGGCGCGGGGCCGGCUGGCGUCGUUCUGAUCGGCAGCGCCCCCGGGGCCCAGGGCUCCCUCGGCUCCUCCCGCCCAUGCGGGGUCUGGGCCUCCGGGGCUGAAGGGGCCCCCCUUUCCAUGUGGCUGCACCAUGGACUCGCGCGGGAGGAGGAUGGCAGAUCUGCUCCUCUACAUCAAUGCAGCCCUCCUGGCUUAUUUCAGUUGUGCCAGCCUGUCCUGGGCAGAUGCAGACAGCCCCUCCGCUCCUGUCAACGUCACAGUGAAGCUCCUGAAGGCCAACUCAGCUGUGGUGACCUGGGAUGUUUUGGAAGAAGAAGUGGUCAUCGGGUUUGCUAUUUCGCAACAGAAGAAGGACGUACGGAUGCUGCGUUUCAUCCAGGAAGUGAACACCACCACCCGCUCGUGCUCCCUCUGGGACCUGGAGGAGGACACCGAGUACAUCGUGCACGUCCAGUCCAUCAGCAUCCAAGGCCAGAGUCCAGCCAGUGAGCCAGUCCACUUCAAGACCCCACGAGAGGCAGAGAAAUUGGCUUCAAAGAACAAAGAUGAAGUAACAAUGAAGGAAAUGGGAGACAAAAAUCAACAGCUGCGAGCCGGUGAAAUCCUGAUUAUCGUGGUCGUCUUGUUCAUGUGGGCAGGGGUGAUUGCCCUGUUCUGCAGGCAGUACGACAUCAUCAAAGACAACGAACCAAACAACAAUAAGGAGAAAGCCAAGAACACAUCAGAAAACAGCACCCCAGAACACCAGAGUGGGGGCCUCCUGCGUAGUAAGUUUCCAAAAAACAAGCCCUCAGUGAACAUCAUUGAAGCAUGACAGCUGCACCUCUUUUCACCUUCCUCUCUUCAUUUUCCUCUCCAAGAUCUGGCAGCCAAGAGGUGAAAUACUAUUAGACUUCCUGCUCAACUGGCUCAGUUAAAACCUCCCCAUUUUUGCAGUGGGAAAAAGAAAGUCUGACAAAACUUUGCAAAAUGAAGAGAAAGACUCUGCAAGGAAAACAGCCUAAUGGGAAUGUUUCCAUGAAACUGUCCAAAAACCCAGGGCCAGUCUUCAAUAACAGAACUAGCUUAGAUCUCUCCAACUCCAUGCCUUUCAGAUGUAAUGAGCGAUAACUCCCCUAAUCUCCAGCAGGUAUGACCUUUGUGUCUGGGGAUUAUGGGAGAUGAAAUCCACACAUUUGAAGGGGACCUGAAUAGGGAAAACUGAAUUACAUUUGCUGCCAGAGAUAAUAAGAUGUUAUAUGUCUCUUCCUUGUCCCACAUCCAACUCCUGGAAAAUAGUCCAUCUUGUUGCUAUUUUGCUUUUUGGCUACCGUGGUUAAAUUUUUAAGGAGGACAUGCUAUCCUGUAUUUCAGGCAUCACUGCCUUAGUCUCUCCUUCUGGUGGUAAUAUUGGAGACACUUUUCCUUGGACUAAACAAAAUGUUUGGCUUCACGAUGAAUUCCAUUGCAGGAUCUUGUUCUUUGUGCAUCAAGCACUUAUAAACUGUUUGGAGGCAUUCAAUGUUCUUUCUUUAAAACAAAAAAACAAAUCAGAAGCACAUGACAUUUUCCACCUGGGUUCUCAGGGCUCCAUUAGCUGCUGUUGCUGCUUUCAGAUUAUUUUGAGCAGUUGCGUAAAUCAUCUUAUUCUCACGAUUUGUGGGAUAAUCAACACAGAAUGCAAAAAAGAUAAAGAUGUUCCAGGUUUACAGAACAAUGAAGUUUGACAGCACCAUACAGAAGAACUGAACACAUGCUGUUUUCUCCUCUUAAAUAGGGACAGGAUAAUAUCCCACCGCUGUCGCAAAUAUAUGGAUUUUAUAUCCCCUUAAUUUUUUCAAAUAUGUCUUUGCAAUUAUAGUUUAGGGUAGUUCUGAAAAUUAUACAAUCAGAUGAUCCACCAAAUCAGGUUAAAGAGAGGAGGGUCUCACUUACUAUCGUGUUUCAUAGCCAAAGGGGUGUGUCAUAGGAAUCCAUAAUAAGCACUUCCUGUUUGGCCCCAACAGUUAAUCCUCUAUUUUGCACACUCAGAAUAUCAGUUAUCAGUUUUAUGAAACAAUCCAAGAUAAGGGCAGUAAGUGUCUGCCAUUAAAUGUUUUAGUCCCCUUUUUGGGGGGGGUGGCCACAAUCACAAUUCAUGCCCUAUUAAUUUCCUUUUGCAAAAAAGCAUUUGCAUUUGCCUGUUUUAAAUUUACUGUUUUCUUGGCUGGACCUUAAUUUUAGGGCAAGUAAAAAAAGUAAUCAAUUACUUGGUCAGAAAACUGGAAUUGAGGCCUUACCUAGCCAGUUCCCUGGCUCCUCAGACAGAUCACCCUUUCUACUAUUCCUUUUCAGUGGGGUCUGCUGUGAUGCAUCCAUAAUUGUGUGCCAAGCAAUUGCAAUCUGGUCCAUGAAAAGUAUUAGUCCUUGCAGGAUCUCCAAUUUAAUAUUAAGAGCAUUACAUCUGAGUAGCUGGCACCAAUAAGAGUUCUUGCAUUCCUGAAAUCAUUCCCCAACUGUGUUUGAAUGCUCAGUUGGGGGAAGAAAAGAUCCCAGAUUAAAGGUCUCUGGCAAUUUGCCAUGGCCAUCUCACCAUAGGACAAUUCGCUGCUGGACCAGAAUUACAUUAAUAUCAAAGAAAUGGUGGAAUAGAAUCAUUAAAUAGAUGAUGCAAAAGGAGGGACAGAAUGAAAUGUGAAUGGCAAAAAUUAAAAUAAUUUUUAUUUAUUUUAAAAUAAUUAAAUAGAAUUGUUAAAUUGUCCCACAGAGAGUUGGUGGUGGCAAAUUGUCCUGUUCCCCUGAUUAAUGCAGGGUGAGGAGGAGACUUUAUAAAUGGAGUGUUACUUAAACUUUCCUGCAAGCACUCAAGAAAAGCGGGCCCUUGGAAUGUUAAUGGAUGUUGUUUGAGGGAGGGGAUUCAAGAACUGGAUUUGAAGUGAACUUACAAAAUUGUGAAUUUUGUUAGUGCUGCCUUCACCUGCCUUAUUAGCAAGACAUAUUUUUUUAAUUAGUUAAACUUUACUGCUGUAAGAUCAAAAUGUGGGGGGAAUCUUUUUAAUUCAUGUAUUUAUGCCCUGCCUUUCUUUUCUCAAUGCAGCCUUGCAAUCUGCCAGAUCUGUGAAGGACGAGGCCAGGCUGGGUCUUGUGCCUGGGUUAGGAUAGGAACUACUUUCCUACAUUCAAAGUCCACCAUGCUGGUUACUCCAUGACAGAAACCCACAAACUGAGCCAAAUCAGGAUAUAGUGGAUGAAGGAGCAAACUCAAACUGCCUCCUUCCAGGUCUUAAUUAUAUAGCUCUUGCUACAUAUGCAAUUGCAGUUGAAGUUUUAAAAACGUAUUUCUUUUCAUUCUAUUUGAAAAUCACUACAGCUUUGCCCCAAAACACAGGCAAUCUCCACCGUCCAAGCCUGCUGUCUUUGUAGACUGCAGUUUCCAUCAUCCCCUGUAACCCAGCUUAUUUGGAAGAUGUCAAGUCUGUCUGAUGACUGGCAGAGUUUCUUCAUCAAAGUGGGUUGAUAAUCUUUGCCUUCCAUACAGUGGUGCCGUUUAGAAUUUUCAAUAUCUCUGCAUAGAUAUGAGCUAAUAUAUGAAUUUUUCUCCACUCAAGUCCUGAAACUAGAUAAAGAGAAUCUAUUCCACCAAAUGAGUCAGAAAUUAUAUUUGUUCAUGCAUUUAUUGAGAAAAAUGAUCCAAAGCAGGGGUGAAAUGCUCCUGGUUCGGACCAGAUCGCCCAAUCCGGUAGCGAUGGUGGCGGGUGGUUCAGAGAACCGGUAGCAAAAAUCCCUGCACGCCCCCUCCCCAUGCCCAGGUGAGCAGCGCAAUCAUCAGAGGCUUUUUUUUUUACUUUUAAAAGCAUUUUUUCUACAACCUCUUCAGCCCCAAAAAAUGCUUUUAAAAGUUAAAAAAAAAAGCCUCUGAUGAUCACGUGGCUCAGCUGGGAUUGUCAGAGGCUUUUUAAAGCAUUUUUUUCUACAACCUCCUUGGCCGAAGAGGUUGUAGAAAAAAUGCUUUUAAAAGAAAAAAAAAAUAGUUGGCCAUGCCCACCCAGUCACAUUACCCUACCAUCACCAAGCCACGCCCACAGAACCGGUAGUAACAAAUUUUACAUUUCACCACUGAUCCAAAGCUACAUAUUUAUGUGUAGCAAAAGUAGGCAAACCUUUGCUUUCAAUAACUGGUGUGCCUGCCUUAGGUAGUAGUAACUGCAACUAAGCAUUUCAUGUUUUAGGUCAUUCUUAUGCAGAAAUAUAUUGAAAAUUCAAGGGAGUUUGCAACUGUUUUUCUGCACUAGUGCAGCUAAAAACAGAUCCCUGCAUGAAGGGCCGCACAAAGAACAGGCAGCCCAUUAAGAAAGGAAUUGCCCUUCCUCAUCAGGUGUAGGCAUGCUGCUCCCUGAAGCCAUUCCCUUGUAUUUGGGGAAGAGUUGGGUUUUCCCCUCUUCCUUCCAAAACGAUGGUGUGAAGCAGGUUUGAAACCAUCUCUGUGAAUCUCGGUAGGUAAAACUAAAUCAGCCUCACAUUUCCAAGCCCCCAUUUUAAAGAAGGCCUGGGAGACCCAAUGCUGCUCAUUAAUUGCGGAGCGUAAGUUGUGUUCCAGAGGACCUAUGCACAAACUAAUUAUUUUUUCCAGCAUUAUUUAAGCUGCUUCCAUGCUGCUCCAAACAGCUGGUUCUUCCAUUCCAUACUAAUAUAGCCCUGGGUUUACAGUAUGUUCCUUUGCUAAAAGCACAAGUGGCAGAGAAUAUGAAAUGCUGAGAUGGUUGAGAUCUUUGACUAAAUUUUAUCUCAGACUCAGACUUGGUGCUCACUUUAUAUGUUCCCUUGAGCCAUAAUGCCAUUUGUUAAGUUUUGACCUAUUGUAAUGAGAAUUCCAGCAAUACGGUUUCAUGCACUGUAUGAAUCUGCUCACUUUAGUUAAGAUGCUCUCCUGUGAUAGGUGUCUCAGUGGGAAGGUGAAGCCUGAUGUACCGGAUGCCAAUGGACAGGGAGGAAUGGUUGAAGAAAUACUUCUUGACCUCCUUCAGGAACAGGUGACUGAUCAAUGCUGGACAUUGACAGGACAUCAUAAUCCAACAGGGCUCUUUUUUUAAUAGUAAUGUUAUUAAAGGUUGUAUUUACAAAGGGAAGCUACUACAAACUAAAAAAGUAUAAAAAUAAAAGAAUGGAAGGCGCAGAAAAGAAAAAAUGGAGAAAUAGAAAAGAAAGAAAAAAUAAAGGAGAAUUUUGUAAAAAAGAAUAUAUAUAUCUCUAAAAUGGGUUCUCCCUUCAUCACAAGUAUAAACAAUUUUAGUAACUUAUCACCUCCUCUUAGAAGGCAACAAAUGUUACCUUCCCACUGAAGGGGUACCUAUUUAUCUACUCACAUUUACAUGUUUUCAAACUGCUAGGUAGAACAGAUGCUCACCCAUCAUGCAGUAUUUGAGUCUCAAAUGGCCAACCUCCUGAUUGGCAAGCCCCACAUCUUAACUACUAGGCCACGGUGCCCCACAUAUCCCAUCUCUUAGCUAUAAACAAAUCUAUAAAGCCUCAUCAUUUCAGUUCUGUCAGCAAAAGUCAAUUAAAGAUUACCAGAGAUAAUGGCACAUCUAUUUUAACCUUGAUUAAAUAAAUUAGCUUUGUAUUCCUUCCUUUUACUUCUAACAAUCCUAAUCUUUAUUUCAUCAAAUAAUGUUAUAGAGUUUGAUUUUUUUUUCUUUUUUCUUUUCCCUUUUUAAAAAAAAUCUUCAAAAUGUUAACAAACCUCUUUUGUAAAUCUAAAAUAAGAAAAUAAUCCAAAAAAAUUUCCCAAUAAACCCCUUGGUUUAUUGUUUGUACUUGCCUUUUAAUUAUUACAACAUCAGCCAGUUUCUUUUGUAUGAUCAAUAUAUCUUAUUCCAUAUCA